CGCUUCUGUCAUUUCCGGGUUAGGUCAGAAAAAUCUGUCAUGAGUAUGGACGAGCGUUGCGUACAACCAUAACCUCCAUAUACGUGCAUUUUACUCCGACGGGAGACAAUUCUCGAUAAGAUCCUGUACACCACCGUCCAGGGAACAGGAGCCCUGCUGGUGACCGGAGUGACCAUCUCCCGGAAAACAACCACCUGCCCCGUCUCCACCAUCUUUGAAAAUAGGUGGGCCACACUUUCCCCCGAUGAUGGGCGACGCGCUGCUCUGCUUCAGCUGCUGCAUCACCGAGCAGCCUCAGACGACUCGACCUCGAAGAAGGAUCGACCCCAGCAUGAUCGGCUUACCAACAGAUUUCCGCCACACGACACACAUAGGGUCAGGCGAGGUGAACAGCAGUGCUCAGAUUGAUUCCAUUCAAAACCAGAUGUCAUCAAAGGGAGGCGACUACGAUGCUCUGUCUCCUGGCGAGCUGAAGCUGUCUGUUGUCGACCUACCUCCGCAGAACCCCACAUAAUGGGAGGUAACUGGGAAGAUUUGAGGAUCUGCUGUCUAUAGAUAUACCUUCACCUUGACCUGUGUCUGGGUUCAAGGUCAUGUAAAUAGUUCUAGGGUCAACUGCAAUGUAAGGAUGAUGUCACAGCUGUAUCGGUGCUACGUGUGCAGGCUCAUUGUAUCUUCGCCUGACGAGGUAACGCUUCACAGGCUGUCACAGAGGAGACAGGAGUGCUUGGAUCCACAUCUGAUUAUGUCGCCAUGACAAUUAGGAAGAAAAAUUGGUUCCUUUCUUUGGAACCUUAAAUUAUUUUGGUAUGAACCAGGAGUUGAACAAGAUCCAAGAAUUUCAAUCAGUGCCAUUUUUCUUAUUAUGGAUGUGGUAGAUGAUGUUGGCAUUUGGCACUGGCAACAAUUGUUUGCUUUUAGAAGAAACGGUACCAGGAUUUCAUAAAUUGUUCUGUAUUUAAACAAACAUUUUGUAAAUAACAGAAAUCGGAAACAGAAAUGUUUCUCAGUUUGAGGUUCUUUUAUUGAAGCAGUUUUAGGUGCUGGAUCACCAUUUUAUUCCAAGACGUGACGUCACCAAAACCAGGAAUGUAUUGCCAGGAAACAAUUGCAAGAUCAGGACAUCAACAAAUGUGUGAUUUCAUUCUUGAAGAAGGAGUACCAAAUUCAGUGGAUCUGUGGUGGAAAUUCUUCGUCUUGAACCAGUCAGCCAUCUUUGUUGAACAUCGUCGGUGAUGGAAAUACUGGCUGUUUUUCUACCAUUGCUUGAAAAUGUUUUUGAUUAUUUUAACAUAAGUAGUAGGAUGAAUGAGGUUGCCAGGAAUUAAAGGUUCAAUGUCUCACCUUACUGUUAAACCCUCCGAGUCUGGACUCCAUUUAUCUGGGCACUAUAUGUCCAGACCCUUUUAAUCCAGAAACCUGCUUUAAUGAUCAUUAUGGAAGUGGUCAUCAUUUUAUCUCAAUAUUUUUAUAUUCAAAGGGACAAUGGGCGCGGUUAGUUAAUCCAGAAAUAAUAUAUUCAGGGUGCAGCCAUACAGAAGAAGGGGGUUCCUUUGUGGACUCUUUCAUUUAGCUUACCAUACAGGGAGUGACCAUUUGAUAAUAAUGUGGAGUGGGCAUUUUUCUGCAGAAAAGUAUCCAUGCCAACAAAUGGAUGUCUAUUUUUCACUAGCAUUUAAUUGUGGACAAGGGUGUAGGUCUUCAGCAACCUUCGUUUGUCAGGAGCUGGGACUUAAUGGAUUGAUUGAGUGAGCGACUGAGUUUAGCUUGAUGCCGCUUUUAGCAAUAUUCCAGCAAUAUCGACACCAGAAA